UUUAACUCUUAGCCUGAAGGCACUUUUCCAUUCAUACAGAGAGAGAAAAAAGCGAGUAAAAGAUGGUGAAGCUGGCAACUGGAAGCUUCGGCGACUCGUUCAGCGCCACGUCCAUCAGAUCCUAUGUCGCCGAGUUCAUCGCCACCCUCCUCUUCGUGUUCGCCGGCGUCGGGUCCGCCAUUUCCUACGGGAAACUGACGGACGGUGGCGCGCUGGACCCUGCUGGCCUGGUGGCGAUCGCGAUCGCCCAUGCGUUCGCCCUCUUCGUUGGUGUGGCCAUGGCCGCCAACAUCUCCGGCGGCCACCUGAACCCCGCCGUCACGUUCGGCCUCGCGGUCGGCGGCCACAUCACCAUCCUCACCGGGCUCUUCUACUGGGUCGCCCAGCUGCUCGGCGCCUCCGUGGCAUGCCUGCUCCUGCAGUUUGUCACUCACGGCGAGCCUAUCCCGACACACGCCGUCGGCGGGAUCAGCGAGAUCGAGGGCGUCGUGAUGGAGAUCGUGAUCACCUUCGCGCUCGUGUACACGGUGUACGCCACGGCGGCCGACCCCAAGAAGGGCUCCCUCGGCACCAUAGCGCCCAUCGCCAUCGGCUUCAUCGUCGGCGCCAACAUCCUGGCCGCGGGCCCAUUCAGCGGCGGCUCCAUGAACCCGGCACGCUCCUUCGGUCCCGCCGCCGUAGCCGGCAACUUCUCCGGCCACUGGGUGUACUGGGUCGGGCCACUCAUCGGAGGCGGCCUCGCCGGGCUUGUCUACGGCGACGUGUUCAUCGCCUCCUACCAGCCGGUCGGCCACCAGGAGUACGUCUGA